AAUAAUUCAGAGCGGCGGCGGCGGCAGCAGCGGCGGUUGCGGGAAAGAGACGGCGGAAACAGCGGGGACCGAGCCACAGCGGAUAUGCAUCCAAGUGCGGCUGGGCAGCCGCGGCACCCCUGAGGCCCGGGCGGGGCUCUGGGAGCGUCGCUCGGGGGGCUCCCUUGCCCGGGAGUGCAGGAAGAGCAGUAGUGACCAGAGCGGUGUCGGCAGAGCUGUGCACGGAGCUGAGGCGGGGGCUUCGGAAAGGGGCUGGGGCGGGGGGGGCGGCUGGCGCAGGCAGCCCCCGGGGUGGGGGGCGGGGUGGGCGCCGGUGCCGCGAUGCUGGGCGUCGUGGAGCUGCUGCUGCUGGGGGCGGCAUGGCUGGCCGGCCCGGCCCGCGGGCAGAAUGAGACCGAGCCCAUCGUGUUGGAGGGCAAGUGCCUAGUGGUGUGCGACUCCAACCCCACGUCCGAUCCCACGGGCACAGCUCUGGGCAUCUCCGUGCGCUCUGGCAGCGCCAAGGUGGCUUUCUCUGCCAUCAGAAGCACCAACCACGAGCCGUCCGAGAUGAGUAAUCGCACCAUGAUCAUCUACUUCGACCAGGUACUAGUGAACAUCGGGAACAACUUUGAUUCAGAACGCAGCACUUUCAUCGCCCCGCGCAAAGGGAUCUACAGUUUUAACUUCCACGUGGUAAAAGUCUACAACAGACAGACCAUCCAGGUGAGCCUCAUGUUGAAUGGUUGGCCGGUGAUUUCAGCCUUCGCUGGUGACCAGGACGUGACCCGGGAAGCUGCCAGCAACGGAGUCCUUAUCCAGAUGGAGAAAGGCGACCGAGCAUACCUCAAGCUGGAGCGGGGGAACUUGAUGGGGGGCUGGAAGUACUCGACAUUCUCCGGAUUCCUGGUGUUUCCGCUCUGACUGGCUCCUCCGUGGAAUGGAGGCAGGGAGAGAGAGGGCCAAGGCGGGAGUCAGGCAGGAGGGGGAAUGAGAAAAAGCUGAAAUCUAGAGGACGAUUAAGUGGCAGGACUUGAAACUUCCUACAAGUUGCCCAGCUGUAUUGGGGUAAAAGGUGCGCCCCAGUUGUGGGACACUCAAUCUGUUUCCUCCUUAGGCGACUUAAUUCUGCUUAGCUCUGCACACUCCCAUUUCCAAAAAUAAACUUGCCUCCCCAUUGCAGUUGCAGUAAUCUAGAGAGAGAGAGAGACUGCCUUGUCAUUGUUUCUUACCCCAUGUUUCGGUCCCUAUAAUUCAUAAGGAAACUUUGUAUUUCACUGUGUAGCGUGAAAUAUCUUCCUCCUCAGUCACCCUCUGAAUGGUUUCACCUGCUGAAAUCUUCAGUGCCCCUUCCCUCUUUUUAGUCUGGAGGAGGAGGGCAGGUAAGGGUUUGUUGGUUGUUGUUUUUUGUUUUUGUUUUUGUUUCGAAUGGGAGAGGCAGUUUUAAUUUGGCAAGUACUGCUGAUCUUAAAACAGGCUCAAGAGUUAAUAGCUGAGGAUACUUUGUGUCCUCAGCUGCUUGUUCAAAGAAAGGACUCACCUUAGUGGUGACAGGUUUAAAAAAAAUAUAUGUAUAAAUAUAUAUCAUUUGUACACGAAGAACUUUUCCCAGUGGAAACUGGCUGUAUUUCCGUAUUUCUAUGUCCUAUUCGGAGUGAUCGUGAAAUCUAAGGCUGCUUGAUGUUCUGAUGCUUGUCAAUGCCCUAGUGUCCUGUGACUCCACUAACCGCCAGGAGGUUCUUCCCGGACGCUUCUUCGUCCUCUGUAACAUAUGUGUGAAUAGCCAAGAUUUACAUUUACUUUAAUCCAAUAAAGUUGAAGUGGGACUUUUAUUUUUCUGAAACAGCUUUCUAAAUUCCGCACCACCCCCCAGUGCGAAGGGCGGAAGAUGGGUGCGAAGGGCAAAUUUCCGAGGUUCUGGAGACUUGGGAGAUCUGCAAUGGAAAGGCCAGGAUGCCAGGGCCUCCCGGAGAAGCCAGCCUGCCUGCGCUCCUCCCUGCUGCAGGCCUGGGGCCAGCUCUGCCUUCCCCUAUGCUCCGUGCUUUGGGGGAAACCUAAGAAAUUUGGCCGCAAUCUUGCUAGACCAGGCGCGGCUGCCGUCCUGGAAAUGAAGUUUGGGUUUUUCUCAAUCCAAAUACAUCAGGAAUAAUUCCAGCUCGAGGAGCCAGAACCAGCCUGCCCGGAGAGGCACGCUUUCCACACCUUCUGCCCAUGGAUUUUUCCAACCCUCGGCUGCUCCAAAAUGAUCCCUGCAGCGUAUAUUUGAUACCACCGCCUGUGAAUCCGGAGUCCGCCGCCGUAUUACCCAGGCGCCCGGGACCUGUGAUUGCGCUCAUCGCUGAACUUUUAUCCAAAAGGUUCGCCCAGGAGUUUUGAUUGUUUCGGAACAUAAUGUGAAAGCAAAAUUGAA